UAGUUCAUGGUGAAGGGAAGAGUUGGUGGUGUUUCUUGCAGUUCUGUUCUGUCUAGUGACUUCUGCUUGAGGCCAUGUUUAGACUACUGACUGCAUACACACAGAUUAGAUUGUUCAGAGCUGUUGCACUUUAAACUUUUUCCCCAGUAAACAGAGACAAACAACUUUCGUGCAUUAUCUUGUGCUGUGUUACGAGCUUUCUAAUCUAGGCUGGCACUUAGCGGAAAACACACAAGAAGGCCAUGUUACUGUAAAGCAGGAUUAUAUUUUCUGCAUAUAAACUAGCGUUGGAACCACUCUUAAAUCAGUGUGGAAACGAUGUGCCUAUUGCCUGUUGGUGACAAUUACCCUGAGAGAUCUUGUUCAGAUGUUCGUAAUAGUUCAGUUUAAGUGGUACUAGUUAAUAUUACUACAGUAUUAGUAAACUAGGUUUAACUUCUCAAAUCUGCCUUCCGACUGAAAAAAACAAACAAAACAAAUCCAAGUUACAGACCACGAUGUUUGACUGCAUAGGAUGUAGGAUGAAAGCACUACUGCUUCUGCUGUUAAGCGUAGUAGUGUCAUCUGGUGCUAGAGGAGGAGGAGGUGUAGGUAGACCACGUUAUCGAACAGCAUAUGCCUGUGAAGGAAGUUCCCUGCACAUUGCGUGUGAUAGUGGUUACUUAAUUCGCUUGAUUCGAGCAAACUAUGGACGAUUCAGUAUUAGUAUCUGCAACGAGCAAGGAGCGUUAGAGUGGAGCGUAAACUGUAUGUCGCCACUGUCCUUCAGAGUCAUGCAAGACAGCUGUGGAAUGAGGAGAAGCUGCAAAAUUCCAGCAUCUACAACAGUGUUUGGAGAUCCUUGUCCUAAGACCACCAAGUACCUAGAAGCUCAUUACCAAUGUGUUCCAGAAACCACAACCACGCGUCCGUUACUUCCACCCAUAACCGUAACGCAUACGUUGCAUGUCGUGGUACAUAAUAACACUUCGAAUACAACUGCCAGUACCAGUGUGUCAACCAUUUCUUCAGCUGUUAAUACCUUUACGGCCAGUGCAACAUCCACCACGACUCUGGCUUCCUACGUAUGGGGAAAUCCAAUGGUGUUGAAUUCCAGUAUCAUUGUUCAGGAAACAACAAAGGGCCCAAACACAUCGCUAUCUCCACAGCUUACACCUGAAGCAAAGAUUCCACAAGAACUACUUGCUUAUCAUUGUUCACCGGUUAUUUCUCGUGGGCUGUUCUGGAAUUGGACUGAAGCUGGAGAAACUACAGUUCAACCAUGUCCUGGAGGAGCAGUUGGUUUAGCAAGAUGGGAGUGUAGCUUAGAAACAAAGUCUUGGCAAACUAGCUCUCCUGAUUUGAGUAAUUGUAACUCUGUAUGGAUAAGCAAUCUGGAAGAAAGGAUCCAGAAAGGGGAUUCCGUGGUUAACCUUGCAGGGGAAUUGUCUAUGAUGACAAAAGUGAAGAAACUUUAUGGUGGAGACAUGGUUCAAGCCACUGAUAUUAUUAACAAGCUUGUGUAUAAAAUGGAAGAUGUUGUUGAACAAGUUACUGAUGCUUCACAAAGAGAGAAAGUGGUUGUAGAACUGAUGCAGUCUGUUGUUGAUGUUGGAAACAACUUGUUGGACCAGAUGCAGGAUGAGUCAUGGCAAGAAUUACCUCAUGAUAAGCAGAAAUUGGUGGCAUCUGAUCUCUUACUAGGCUUACAAGAGAAUGCACAUUUAUUGGCUGAUAUGCAGAAAGGAGGAGCUCUUUUUCGACGUACUCAAAAAAACUUGUUGGCUUCUGUACAAGUGAUUGAAGUUCAUGAAGUGAAAGAUAUCACCUUCCCUCGUCCAGAAGAUAUCAUGGACACCCCAUGGAAACACAUGAAGGAUUCUUUGUACUUGCCAGCACAAUCACAACUAGAGCAUGCCAAAACAGGAUUGGUAAAAGUGAUCUUCAUGACAUACAACAAAUUGGACGAUAUCCUUGAUCCAACACCUCCAGAUGUUACUCCCUCUAUGUGGCAAGGUGAACCAGGCUGGAAGACAAAUGUGCUUCAGAUCAUCAACAGCAAAAUUUUGGCAGCAUCUCUAGGAAAAUCCCGUUCAGUGUUAUCAAAGCCUGUAAUUGUGACAUUAGUUCACAUCCAAACAGAAAAUGUCACAAAUCCACAAUGUGUCUUCUGGGAUUUUACCCACAGAGAAUGGUCGACUGAAGGGUGUUUGGUACACUAUACUAAUUCAACUCAUACUGUUUGUGCCUGCAACCAUCUCACCAACUUUGCUGUUCUCAUGGAUGUCAAAGGUGUUAAGCUGUCUACUGGGCAUAGUAUGGCAUUACGUAUAAUCACUUACAUUGGUUGUGUUGUGUCUGUUGUAUGCCUACUUUUAACCAUUGUUACUUUCCAAGUUUUCAGGAGCUUGAAUGGUGAUCGGACUACAAUUCACAAAAACCUUUGUAUCUGCCUUUUGAUUGCAGAAGCCAUUUUUCUUAUUGGAAUAGAUCAAACCCACUCCAAGGCUUUCUGUGGUAUUAUUGCAGGACUUUUGCAUUACUUUUUCUUGGCAGCAUUUGCAUGGAUGUUUUUUGAAGGAUUCCAGUUGUACGUGAUGCUGAUAGAAGUUUUUGAAUCAGAGAAGUCCAGAGUAAAGUUAUACUAUGUUGCUGCCUAUGGUAUUCCUGCAGUAAUUGUAAUGAUAUCUGCUAUUAUUGACCCUUUCAGCUAUGGCACAAAGGAUUACUGCUGGUUGAAGGUUGACAACUAUUUUGUCUUCAGUUUUGUUGGCCCUGUUGCAGCUAUUCUCUUGUUAGAAGUAAGGGUUUGGAUUCGAGGAGCCUUAGUGCUGGUAUUUUUGCUUGGACUGACUUGGGCAUUUGGACUAUUGUAUUUAAGCAAAGAAUCUGUAGUUAUGGCAUACAUAUUUACCAUUCUCAAUAGCCUCCAAGGAUUGUUUAUCUUUGUGUUUCAUUGUGUCAGAAAUGAAAAAGUCCAGAAAGAGUACAAAAAAAUCUUGCAUAGAACCCAAUGGCUUCCAGAAUGUGUCUGUAGGACAAAACACUCUGAACGACGAUCAAGUUUUUAUGUACAUUCCAAUGGAACUAUGUCUGGUCCAAACACUUCAGGCCAACAAAGUUCCCUAUCGCAAGGAUGGAAUGGAGAUCAGGUUCACCGAUCUUCAACAAAUAGCUCAUCACUUAGGUGUUCUAGUCAAGGAUUUGCAUCUACAGUUUCAGGCAGAAAAUCAGAACAUGAGAGACGAUCUUCCCGUAGCAGUAAUGCAUCCGUUCGAACCUCAUGUAAAAAGUUUAAACCAAUAAAUGAAACAACUUUUCACUUGGACAACAACAAUGGUAUUAUAGGAAAUUUAUCAGUGGCUGACUGCUCAGUUAUUGAUUCUGAAUGUGUGACUGAUUACUGCAGUGACAAACUGACUGCAUACAACACAACUUGUGAACCAGUCAGACUAGGACAGCUUUCUGAAACAAAUGGCAAAUUAAGUUCCUUUCCUGAUCAUAUCUAUGAAGCAAUAGAUGAGGAGAAUCACAAGAGAAGCGUGCCAACAAAGUGGCUCCCACAGCCUUAUCCUUCCUGCACCGUAGCUUCUGAUGGACACACCAGGAACAACUCUGACUGUAGCCACCAGUCAUCAUCUAGCCUUGCAUGUGAUCAGCACCCACUCAUUUCUCAUGCAUUUCCUGAAAGAAAUGCUUUGGUCUCUUUAAAUCAAGUGUUUAAUAGUGUUCCUAGUAAUGCAUCUCUAUCUAAUAAACACAAUUCAAGUCAACAACCAGUUCCAGGUCUACAGAACACUCAAAGUUUGGCAGCUCCUGAGAAAUCUAACACCGUAACAGGAAUGAAAGUUAAAAAUACUUGUCAAAGUGGAUUAACUCAUCCUAAGGUUUCUAACCAUGAGUAUCUUGAUGGACAUCUUCAUAGUUUACCUAAUCUUCACCAAAGAUCAGGGGAAUUGUUUCAACAGAUGAAUAAGUAUCCUAGUGACAAUGCCAUGAUAAUGGCAGUGCUAGAUGGUGAACGAGUUGUAUGUAAACUCCAACCUGAGACCUACAGAAGCUCUUGUAAUACUUCUAGUAGCCCACAUUGUCACAAAGUUAGUGAAUUGAGCACAGACUGUUGAUGGGAUUCCAGACAUCUUGUACAGAAACUUUUGUCUGUGUUGCCAAAAGUGUUGAGCUUAUUACUCUUUUAUCAUUUCAAACUGCCUCUUUUUCCCGAGAGUAACGUCUGCAUUUAAGUUUUAUGUUUAUGAAUCCUUGGUUGUUUGCUCCACUCUAUUAAGGAAGUGGGUUUGUCAUUUUGUGGACAUAACAUAGUAAAGUGCUACUGUGUAUGAAUAAGACUUAAAGCAUAAAUAACUUGCAAGCUGAACUACCAAAGGAGUUUAUACCAUCUGUAAUUAAAAGAAAAUGUUUUUGAUUCUUUAUUAGUACUCUAAGUUAGUAAGUCUUUCAGUGUACUUUGGGUGACACCAGGUAAUUGUAAAAUUAGUGUAACAGUUGUGCAUGUUAUUGUAUAAUGAAAAUAAUUAUCUCUGAUAAUUAUGGCUUCAGUCAUGGAUUUGUGAAAGGUUGUGAACUUUAUUGUGCUACUUUGACCUCUUUGUAGUUUUUACGAUAAGUAAUUUACAUAAUUUAAUGGACUUUCAUGCUUAAGUGUAGUAUAUUGCUAACUUAAAUUUGAGACAUCUUUUACUGUUAACAGUAUCUUUCUAAUAAUACCAUUUAUUCAGAUAGGGAUGGGCAUUUCAUAAGAAAUGGUGUAACGUGUCUGCAUGUGAAAUUUAUUCAUGUAAAGGAAACAAAUACUGUUUCAUAUUACUUCAUAUGUUGAGUUUGUAAAUAUUGCACAAUAACGUACAGAUUUAGCUAAUAUACAUUAUUAUAAGCAUUCUAUUAUCAUAUUGUUGUCUUGUUGAUCAAUGUUAGAUCCACAGUUCUAUUUACCAGCAGAACUAGGUUUAUACUUGAAUUAACUGGAUUCAAAUAUAGUUUCAGAAAGUGAAUAUAGGCUAUGUUUGUUAGAAAUGUUUUUUAAUAACUUAGGAAAUAUUUUGUUCAUAAGUUAAUUUAUGGAAACAUCCUUCAGAAAAGCAAGGGGAACAUAAUCUAUAUAGUACAGUCAACAUGAAGUUUCUCCUAAAGAUAUAAAAAUUUGGGUUUGAUCUGUAUAAGUAAAAGUUUUGACUUGUGGUGCUCUAUCUGAAAAACAUUAUAAGUUAAUAUUUAACACACACAUACACAUUUUCAUGACGUUUGCAUACAUUAGAGAGUUUUUUCCAGUUUAAUAAAGUUUGAUUGGUUUGCAAUAUUUUUCUGCCUUUACAUAUACAGUAUGUUACAGUCUGUGAAAGGACAAGUUAAUGAAUCGGUUAUUUUAGAUUAUAGUUCAGUAUUUCUGAAAACAGUUUUGUAGAACAUGUUAACAAUAACUGUAAUUACAAGUUACAUGACUUUUUUCUACCUUGCUUAUUAUCUCUGUCUUUAUUUAAAUAUUCUGGGUCUUAGAUAAUCCAUUUAGCAGUCUCCUAAAUCUUUCUCUUCUAACAACCAUAAAUAUUUAAAUUUGUUUUAGAAUAUGCUGAAAUUUGAUAAUGUCGUCUGUGUAAGUAAUGUUAAACCACUGUUAGAAGAUUACUUUGACUUAGCCACUCGUUUUUAGAUUUGUGUAUAGAUCUAUAUCCAGUAAAGUAUCACUGAUUUAGUGAAUACUGUUCAGACUUGUUCAAUAACAUAGUGUUAUUUACUGCAACUAAAAACAAAUUUAAUUUUAAUUAUCUUGUGUUAUAUCUAGGAUAUAGUGAUCAGUGUUAAAUAUUUUCUUAAUAGCUAGUUCAUAAAAAAAAAUUGAAAGUUUUCAAAUAGGCAACUUUAUUUGGACUAUCUUAGUCGUAUAGAAAAUAUUGACAGAUUGUUGGAGUCUUAUGCUUUGCUAAAAAAUUUGGCAUUCAGAAAAUCUUAGGAAAGUAAAUAUUAAUUAAGAUACCAGAGAUAAAAAUAUUAAAUUCUAACUAUUACUAACACCCAUACUCUACUGUUACUUUUCUAUUCAGAAAAGGAUACAGUGACUUGUGGUAUAAGGGGGCUUAAAAUUUUGCCAGAUGUUUUUAGAUACGAUGUAACAGUUUGCUGAAAGUAGAUAUAUUGGAAAAUAUUUCAUGACAAUAAAAUUGGAUGAAUUUCAAUAAACUAGCUAUCAGCAACUAUAAACAUAGGAAGGCUUUGUUUAUGGCAACACAACUUUGGUUUCAAAAGUGGGUGGUAUGGAGAAUAAUUGCUUUGUAUUAUAGUUGUUUGGGGGGGGGGCAUGUUCUCUUUGUAAAUUAUGCCUUUGGUUUACGUCCUUCUUUAUGCAACUGAAAUUAGCCAUCAGGGGAAAAUUAAAUGCGAGUUUUUAAACAUGUUGCAGAUUAUUUUAAUGAAAGACAAAAUGUUAUGUACAGGGAGAAAGACUGUUUCUGUAGAUUAAGUAUGAAGGGAGGCUUUUAAUGAUCAUAGUUACAACAAUGAAAAUUAUGAAAAAUAUUAUAGUAAAUACAGCUGAGAAAUAGGACAUUACACUUAAAUAGUACAUUGUUGUAAUCUGAUGAAUUAUUUCAUCGUGUUUUUUUUUUUAACAGAUUUCAGUAAUAAGUUGUGUUUAUAGUUUUCUACCUGAGUUGUGUACAAUUUUUCAAUGGGGGCUUAGAUCAAGUUGAUGCUUAUGCCAGUGCACUUUAAUGAUAAUAAAUGGUAUCAUCUAGUCAUUUGUGGACAAAUGUUUUUUCUGAAAUAUUGAAUAAAGCAGUGGAGGAGUUUAUCUACCACAUUCUGACUUUUGGUAGUUUAGCAAGAUUUCACAAUGGAUGAAUAAGGUGUUUUUAAUGUCUCCAUCCUUCAUAAUAAUAUAAAGAUUUCUUUUUUAUUGGGUAAUUUAAAAGAGAUUGCUGGAAUGGACCAACAGUAUAUAUAAGGAUUUUCAGCAUUGACUAUUUCAUCUUAAUGUUGGGUAAAUCAUCUUUUGAGCUUUUUCUUGUAAAGUUUUGUUACUGAUCCUACAUGUGUGAUUAUAAUGGAGUUAUGGAGAUGGUAUUUAGUACAGUUGUAUGAUGAUAUAUGAUUCACUGCUGGUUUUGCUGUUUCAGCUUGUUUUCCUGAUGAAGAAUCCGAAUCACUUGGCUCUUGAGCUGUGUUAAAUGUGGUACUGGGAGUAGUUUACCUUUCUUUGUCUUACUUUGACCCAGUACAUCCUCUCUGUAUCUUGGCUUUACGUGUAUGUUUCCAAGGGUAUUUUAUUAUGUUGGUCAGAAUGUUAGCCUCAUUACUAGGUGGUAAACACUGACGAUGUGGUAGGUCAGAUUGUUGGCUUUGUGAAGUUACACUGGUUUUUGGUAUGUUGGAGGUUACUUUUUUAUCAACGAAUUUUAACAGGUAAGGCCUACUUUUCCGGUUUGUCGUGUAGUUUUUCUUGGAAGUCAUCCCAUGCAUUUCACGGACUGUUAUUUCUUUAAGUGAUAUGAUUGUACCCUACGAAAGAUUGGUUCAAAUCAUUGCUAGAAGUCUGAAGCUGGACUACAAUAUAGUGGCUCGUUUCUUUCUAGGGUUGGAUAAAUAUCAAUUUUUACAUAUGGUUUUAUUUGUUUUACGAACGUCUAGAUGGCUUGACCUGGUAUGACUAGUGAUGUUACGGGAAAACGUUCGUUAUCCUAGCAAAAGGAGUAUCGUAACAGUGUCAUUGUUGUAAUUAUGUUAAUUUUAUUUUUUAAUAUUUUCUGAAGGAAAAAUGUCUUUCUAAUUCUACGUGACGUGUCUAUCUUGUAGAAUAAUUCUACAGCUCGUAGUUUUGUCUUUUCCUAGGUUAUGCAUCUUUUUUAAGAGUAAGUAUUAAAUUCCUUGUCCUUCUUCAUUUAAGAAGCCUAACAUAUCGAAAAGCAUAACAUUCAAAUCCAACAUUUAAGCUGCAUCUUACGAAAUUAACUCUUUUAUAGGAGUUUUAAAUUGAAGUGUUAAAAAUAGGUCCAAAAAUUAUUUUAAAGCAUGAGGAAAUGUUAUUUAUUUUUUCUUUAGUCUGAUUAAAAAAACAAUAAAAAACGUGAAAUUAAGCCGUUCUCCUGGUUAUAGGCAGUUUUUACAAUGAUCACAUAUAUAUAUAACAUGAACGGAGAAUCUGAAUGGCUUGUGGUUAGUGCACUUGACGAGCAAUCUGCGGGUCGUAGGAUCGAAACCCUGCGCCUAAUAUGCUCGUCCUUUCAACCAUAGGGGCAUUGUAAUGUUGGCAAAACAGUAGCUCAAGAAUUGGCGUUGUAUACUAUUGUGCCCCACAGUGGUAUGUCUGCGGACUUACAAUGCUGGAAUCCAGGUUUCGAUACCCGUGGUGGGCAGAGCACAGAUAGCCCAUUGUGUUGCUUUGUGCUUAACUUCAAACAAACAGUAUACAACUGCUUUCCCUUUGAUUGGCAGUCAAAAUGGGGGACAGCGGCAGAUAGUCUUAGUAGUUUGCCAUAAACAAAAAUAUACAUCAAUAGAAUGGGUGUUAUUUUAUUUAUGAAUUGCGAAUAAUAGGUAAAUGUUACGGCUGUGUAACAGUAAGCCAUUCCUGAUAGAGCUAUGUGCGUAGACACACACACACGAGUUUUAUGCUAAGAUAGUCCAAUAAAAGUUCAAAAUGUAUUUAACUUUACUUUUAGCGCUUUCAAUGCAGAUGUACAUCGAACUCUCUCUCUCUGUCUCAAUUAUUGUAUCUUAAGAAAUUGUAUUUCUAGGGUGAAUAUCAUAUAAGUAUGUAAAUAUUUCAAUGAGAGUUGCAGCUUGCACGUGGUUGGUUUUGGCCAAGAAUUUAAAUCUGAGUAUUUCUAAGAGUAUCAAGUGUAUUAUGUAUCAUUUCGAAAGGUUAUUUAGUGCUUGUGGUCGUGAUGUUAUGCCUUUUUGCAGAGUGAUGCUGUAAACUGUGCUUUUAUAAAUUGAAGUGUAGUGGUUUUAUGUAAAGUUUGGCUGAUGCUUUUCAACAAUGCAAGUCAUUAAACCAGCAUACAAGUG